GUCGUAGUUCGCUUGCAGCCGGAGCCCGCCUGCGGGACGAGGAAGACGGGGAGAUCUCUUCUGGGCUUCUCUCCAAGCAGACGAUAGGAUCCGGGGGAAUAUAAACCGCCACAGGAAAAUGAAGUUUGCCUGCCUCUCCUUUCGACAACCGUACGCCGGGCUGGUAUUGAACAAUGUCAAGACCAUCGAGAGCCGCUGGCGGCCGCUGUUAGCCGACCACCAAGAUGAGACUCUUGCUGUCCACAUCGCCUUCAGAGACUGGGAAGAUGACAGCUGGAGAGACCUUCUCUUGAACAGACUCGGCUGGACUUCGGCUCAGGUUGACCAUCUGUUAGCGCAGGGGGAGAAAUUUGGCCGAGGGGUGAUUGCUGGCCUCAUUGACAUCGGAGAGACUUUCCGGUGCGCUGACCGUUUGCCUCCUGAAGACAUUUUACAGUUGGAGAACAAAGCUGUCCUCCGGGAUCUGGAAGGAAAAUACUUGACGGUGAUUUCCAACCCCAGAUGGCUGCAGAGAGCCAUUCCUGCACGAGGACACAAGGACAUCUGGGAGGUGGACAUCCCAGAAGAUCUGAUUCCAGUCCGUUGAAUUCCUUCGAACUCGCUCUCCUGCUUGCGAUGUGAUGGAACGGAACAAGUUUCGAUCACAGCAAAUUUAACUGUACGUUCAGAACUGUUUGUUUGAUUCCUCAUCAUUGGACUUGGGAUAAAUUCAGCCUCUAGGGAAUUCUGAACUAUUCCGGUAAAUUUUUUUAUUUAUUUAUAUACUAGCUGAUAAUACCCAGCACUGUUCGGGUAUUUAUUUAUCCCAAUCCUCCUUCCGUGAACUUCACUGCAAUUUUUAAUGUUGGAUUUCCCCCCUUACCA